UUUGGCCUCGUCGUCCUUCCUGGAUCUCUCCGAUUUUGAAUCAUCCCCUUGUUUUUCUCUCCCAGUAAUUACUGGAUCAUAUUUAAUUCUCCAACUUCCCCAAUUUCACUCACAUUUAUAUUUUUUAUUUUAUUUUUUUUGUUUUUGAAUCCAAAAUUUACAAAAAACAAUAAUAAUAUAAUAAAAUUGAAAAACACAAUGAGUACAGGGGAGCUUCUUAAUGUCGAACCAUUAGAACUCAAAUUUCAAUUUGAAUUGAAGAAACAGAUCUCUUGUUCGCUUCAAUUAUUAAAUAAAACCGAGAAUCAUGUAGCUUUUAAGGUGAAAACGACGAAUCCGAAAAAGUAUUGUGUUCGUCCGAAUACGGGAGUUGUUUUGCCUCGAUCAACAUGUGAUGUAAUGGUAACAAUGCAAGCUCAGAAGGAAGCUCCUCCUGACAUGCAAUGCAAGGACAAGUUUCUGCUUCAGAGUGUUAUUGCACCCGCAGGAGUAGCCGCAAAGGACAUUACCCCGGAAAUGUUCAGUAAGGUGCCUGGGCGUGUUGUCGAAGAAUGCAAAUUGAGAGUGGUAUAUCUGCCUCCACGUCAACCACCUUCUCCGGUUCUUGAGGAGCCUGACGAAGGGGCUUCACCCAAGGUAUCAUUUGAUACUGGUAAUGUGAACGGAUCUGAGGCUCCAAGACAAAAUGUCGAUUCUGAUGACAAAUCUUCAGAGGCGAGAUCUCUCAUUGCAAAAUUGGUCGAAGAGAAGAAUGCUGCUAUUCAACAGAGUAACAAACUUCGUCAAGAAAUGGAACUCUUGACGCGUGGAAGCAACAAAAGUCAAGGAGGUGGUGUAUCGAUCAUUGUGGUUAUUGCCAUUGGCUUGAUUGGUCUAGUUAUGGGCUAUCUCCUGAAGUAAUACUCAUUCAUGGUUGGACCUCAAAUUCGUUUUCUUCCGUUACAUUUGUCAAAAUUAAUUAAUGUAGAAAAGAGAAGAAAUUCAUGAUGAUGUUUUACAAAUUAUUUACCCUCUUGACUUAGUCUCUUAGGGGGGUUUAGAAGAAAACUGUUAUGUCAGGGUAGUUUGAUAUUAUUUCCAUUUCCAUUUAUAUUCUCAUAAUCAAUUGUUGUAUAUUCUUUCGAUCAUUUUGUUCCAACAGGUUACGUUAGGCCCUUUUAGGCAUCAAAAGAUGCAACAAGUCUACAAUAUCA